AUUGACAGUUGUUGUUGUGUUUUGUGAAGUGUCGCCGAAUCGGAAAUAUUUAUGCAAAAAAUCGUAAUUUUAAUUUGAGAUUCCUGUUUUAAAUUAGCAAUCAAUUACAUUUAAUUAAUAUGAUGGACUGUGUUGAAGAGAGUAAUAAUGAUCCUCUGUCAUCUGUACAACCACUAUCAUCACCAUCUAGCGGUGACAUCAAAGUUGACAAGAAGAAACCCAGUGAAAAUGUCUCCCUCGCUGACAACAGUUUAUUGGUGGAUAUAUCUGAUGCCCUGAGUGAGAAAGAGAAGGUCAAGUUCACAGUGCACACAAAGACAACUCUGCCAGAGUUCCAGAAGUCAGAGUUCUUUGUAGUGCGCCAGCAUGAGGAGUUUGUGUGGCUCCAUGACAGAUAUGAAGAAAAUGAAGAGUACGCUGGAUAUAUUAUUCCACCAGCGCCUCCGAGGCCUGACUUUGACGCAUCACGGGAGAAAUUGCAAAGGCUUGGUGAGGGAGAGGGAGCUCUCACGCGCGAGGAGUUCCUCAAGAUGAAGGAGGAGCUUGAAGAGGAAUAUCUAGCAACAUUCAAAAAGACAGUCGCAAUGCACGAGGUGUUUCUACAACGUCUAGCAGCGCACCCUGUAUUCAGAGGUGAUGCUCAUUUGCGGGUAUUCCUGGAGUAUGAGCAGGACUUGUGCGCUAAGCCUAGGGGGAAGAUGGACCUCAUUGGAGGAUUGAUGCGUUCAAUGACAACAACGACAGAUGAGAUCUAUCUCGGUGCUACAGUGCGGGAUGUCAAUGAUUUCUUCGAGCAAGAGACUGCUUUUCUCCAGGAGUACUACUCACACCUCAAGGAAGCUGUAACCAAGGUGGAUCGUAUGACUUCCAAGCACAAGGAGGUAGCGGACUCGCACAUCAAACUGUCAUCCUGCAUUACGCAACUGGCGACGCGGGAACAACCCGCCACUGAGCGAUUCCUCACCAGGGCUGCCGAGACCUUUGACAAGUGCAGGAAAAUCGAAGGUCGCAUGGCAUCAGACCAGGACCUGAAGUUGGCCGACACUCUCCGCUACUACAUGCGGGACACGCACGCCGCUAAAGCCGUGCUGGUCAGGCGACUUAGAUGCCUAGCUGCAUACGAAGCUGCCAAUAGAAAUCUGGAACGAGCUCGGGCAAAGAAUAAAGAUGUACACGCCCCAAUGGAGGUUCAAGAGGCGGAACAAGCGCAAGCGGACGCCUGUGCCCGUUUUGAGCAACUUUCUGCGCGAGCUCGUGAGGAAUUAUUGGACUUCCGCACUCGACGCGUCGCCGCUUUCAAAAAGAGUUUAAUAGACCUGGCGGAAUUAGAAAUCAAGCACGCACGCGCCCAGCAGGAACUGUUCAGGAAAUCUUUACAAGUGUUGAGGGAAUGUCAGUAAAAUAUUUCAUUGUACCUAUUGGGUAAUGUAAUAUAUAGGUGGAGUAUCUAUCUUAAAGGUGAACGUUCACAGGUUUAAUAAAUAUGAGCCGGGUGAAAUUCGAUUCGAACGGA